CUAAUAUAUAUUUUAAACUCAAGUCACUUACUCUCUCAGUUAUUAGCUACCUAUUUCUCAUCACGAAGCAGAAUUAAAAAGAAGAGAAGAAGAUGGAGAGAGAAGGAGGAGGAGUUUCUUAUUAUCUUUGGAUCCCUUUUACGUUCAUUCACCAAACUUUCCGAUCUCUCUUACUCAAGCUUUUUGGUCUGCCAUCUCCUUAUGAUCGUCGUUUGCCGGAGGAGAAUGAAGUUGAAGUUGAAGUUGAAGUUGAGGUUGUGGAAGUGUCGUCGAGGGCAUACGCGAAACCAAAGAAAGUAGUGCAGAAGUCGAGAGAAGUUAGUUCCGGCAAGCCUGGACGUAAAAACUAAAAAAGUGUCAAUUACAAGAACAAGCCUUUCUAGUUUGUUUUUUUAAUUACUUCGUUAUUAAAUUUGAUGGAGGCAUUCUUCUUUGUCUUUACAGUUAGUAAUGUGUUGUAUAAUUUAAUACUUGUGUUAUAUCAUUCCAGAAGAUUGUACUAGUCCUUUAUUUUUCGUAAGACAAACAGAUUUUAAAAAAUCA